AUGCUUACUUUAAAAUACUUUCUUUUUAUUUUCUUUAUUUCAUUCCUUGUAUCCAGCCCUUUCUUGUGCCUUUACUAUUCGUCUUUCCCGUUACUCCCACAUCGCAUCAUCAUUCUACCAUCGCCACCACAGGCCCGCCCUUUAUUUUCCCCAACCCUUUUUCCUCCCCACCACCAACAGCAUUCCUUUCUUACUUAUCUCUUCAACUCUGCCGUCGAUUCCUUUAUCCGUCCCUCCACCAACACUGCCAAUGCCGCCACCGCCAUUAUAUAUUCAGUCUUCAUCCCUAAAUCCUUCUUAACUUAUUUUUCUUCCAUCCCUCUCCCCAAUUUGUCUUUACACAAAUCCCCUUUUUCCUUUCAUGCACACAAACAUCUCUUGCUACAUUCCAGCUAUAUAACUCUUUCUCCCUUCAUUUCCUAUCGUUUCCCUCCUUACUCCUCUUUCCAUGGUUAUCUCCCUUCCCGUUCCUAUCAAAACUCCCUUACUUUUUUUUUUCAACUUCAACUAGCCAUCUCCCCACUUUCGUCCUUAUUUUCACUUUUCAUUCAUUGCAUUUUCUGCCUUUACUUACAUCUUCUAUUUUUUUUCCUUCAUCCCUCAUUUUGUAGUCAUUUCUAUAUCUGUUCUUUUACCCCCAAGCUCCCUAAACUUGCUAUAUUCAUUCUUACAUUUUUCCUCCUCGAUUUCCUUCAUCCUUUGCCGUUUUUCUUUCAAACAAUAGAAUUUUAUCAGAUUUUAUGUAGUUAUUCUUUAAGUUUAUAUUUUCUCCUUCUCCUUGUCCUAAAUUCUUCUUUCAGUCUUAGUAUUUGUAUUUUGGUUAAUACAUUAAUUAAUUUCUGCAUAUUUUUUUUACUUUUUACCUCUAUUUUAAACUUAUUUACUCUCUUUUUCUUUUUGCUUCUUUCUUUGUUGCUUUCCUUCGUUUCUUUUCCUUUCUCUCUCUCUUCUUUUAAUAUUCACAUCUAUUUUCAUUUCCUCUUUUAA